GCGGCGGGCAGAGCCGGGGCAUGGCCGAGGCGCAGGAGCUACUGCUGCAGCUGCUGAAGGACAACCGUGACGGGCGCCUGCGGAAGCAGGAGCUGGAGGAGCUGGUGCGCGGGCUGGAGGCCGAGAGCGAGAGCCUCACAGCGCGCCUGGACGACCUGAGCGAGCGCGAGCGCAGCCUGCAGCGGCAGCGGAGCCAGGCGGCGCGGGCCCUGCGCGGGGAGGCGAGAGAGGCGGCGCGGGAGCGCGCAGGCCGGGCGCGCCGGCGGCUGGAGGCUGCGGAGCAGCACAAGCUGGACCUGGAGCAACAAAACCAUCAGCUGCAGGAGCAGUGGGAGGAGCUGUCAAGCCAGCUCUUUUACUAUGGAGAACAACUGAGUCCGCAGCGCGCAGAGCGGCAACUCGGGACCCAACUGGUGGCUUUGCAGAAACAACUGGAGCUGGUGGAGGCCAAGCACGCCAGGCAGGCGGAGGCCCUGCGGCAGAGCGCACAGCGGAUGGAAGAGGCCUGGGCCAGCUUCCAGGAGCAGAGCGGAGUCUUGCAGGAGCUGCAGGGGAAGGUGAUGGAGGCGGCGACUGCGCUGGACGCCUCGCAGGGCGACCCGGAGCCGUGCGAGUCGCAGCCUGGCCGGGGGCAGGGAUGCGCGGGCUCGCUCAUGGAGGAAGUGGCCAAAGCGGACUGUAAGCGGCUGUUCGGCGGCGCGGGCGCGGCGGGCAUCAGGCUGUGGGCGCUGGGCGCGCUGCAGACGCUGCUGCUGCUCCUGCUGGGCGUCGUGGCGCUGCCGCUGCUCUACCUGGCGCUGGUGAACCCCUCGGCCCUCCGCCGCGGGCUCAUGCGCCCCGGCUCGGACGCCGCCAUCCGUCGCCUGCGCUACACGCUGGCCCCGCUGCUGGAGCUGCGCGCGCGCGGACUGCUGCCCGCCUAGUGCAUCACGCCGGCUGCGGCCGCCAGCA